CGGACCAUUAAACAAAAUAUCAUGCUAUCUAAAACUCCUCAUCGUGUACUCACAAAUGAAGAUAUUAAAGAUCGUGAAAUAUUUAUUAUUGGUGAUGUUCAUGGAUGUCUCGAGGAACUUAAUGAACUUUUACGCCUAGCAAAAACAGAUUUGAAUGGUAAAACUCUUCUGCCAAUAUUUGUGGGUGAUUUCACAAACAAAGGACCACAUAACUUGUCAACAGUCAGACAUAUUCAUGCAGAGAAUGCUUACUCUGUCAAAGGUAAUCAUGAGGAGAAUGUGAUCAAACAAUAUCAUUUUCGACAGGAGCAUGAGAACUAUAUUGUACCUAAUAAAUAUAAAUGGAUAACAGAACUUGUCGCAGAUGACAUCCGGUUCUUACAGGAGCUUCCAUAUACUAUACAUAUCCCUUAUAAGAAUGCAAUUAUUGUCCAUGCAGGUUUAGUUCCAGGAAAAUCGUUAAAAGAACAGGAUAUUCAAAAUUGCACAGCUAUGAAAACCUUAUAUAAACACGGUGUCACCUUAAAAGCGUCUGACAGUCGGCUUAUAGGUAAACCAUGGGCAUCACUGUAGCAAGGCCCAGAACAUGUAUAUUUUGGACAUGACGCUGCACGAAAACUGCAGCAAUAUUCCUACGCCAUUGGACUUGACACGGGAUGUGUGUAUGGUAACUGUUUGACAGGCAUAUUUCUUGAUAGUCAAAAGAUGAUACAUGUAAAGGCUAAAAGGGUUUACGUUUCUUCUAAAACUAGAAAACUAAAAGAUGUGUAUUACUGAUAAAACAAAUUCAAUCAUUUUUUUUUCACUGGAAUAUAUAUUAUGCAAGUGCGAAAUAUUCCUUUUUAAAUAAUAAUAUUUUUUUACAUAUGGGUUCAAUAUAAAAUACAGUUUUCAUUCAUUUGUUUUAAAGGGGAUUUAGGUAUCAAAUUCAUGUUCACUGAUUUGACUCAAAUUCUCAUAUUUGAUUUAUAACAAACUAAAACGUGAAUCCA